AUUCAGGUGUUAGUCAUUGGUCGUGACCCAUUCCCAUCUACCUGAGGGCCUGACUGCAAGACCAUUCAUGCUGCAACUCUCAGGAAACACAUUUUGCAAUCUCAAUUUCACCACCGUAUUCAAAAUUUAACAGAGUUUGGACUGCAUAGCAAGAAAACCUUGGUAUAUGAAGAUCAAAAAGGAGGCUGAGGAGAUGCCAGGAGUCACCGUGAAUCGAUUUUCCGAAGAGGCUCCGUCCACCGGGAGGUCCAAGAAUGGAUAUGUUUUCCAAGGGAUGGAGCUGCAGGAUGGGGAACAGGAGGAUUGUGGGGAAGAUUCACCCGUCACUCACAAGGAUCUCAUCUAUGACACCCAGAUCGACAUCAGUGUUUCAGAUCCUGGGUUUGGGCUUUUGAACACAACAAGAAAAUAUGUGAAGCCAAUGAACUUCCAGGAGGAAGUGCGCGCCCACAGAGACCUGGACAGCUUCCUGGCCCAGGCGAGCAUCCUUUUGGAUGAGGAAGCUGCAACUGUGGACGAAGUCCUGAGGCGAAUGCUGGCUCACGUGGUCGAGGACGGCCACGGGAGCUGCGAUGCGGACGAGGUCAUGAACUCGCUGUUCACGGAUGCGGGAGGGAAGGAGUUUAACGUUCACCUUCUGUCAGAGACCCUUCAGGGUGUGACUGCUACUCCCACUGGCAUUCGUUACCAGCAGUCCUGGCUUUGUAUACUCUCCAAUGUGAGGAGCCUGCAGAGACGGCAUGUCUGCAUCGCCCGUCUGGAGAGGCCACAGAACUGGGGAGUCAACUGCUGCGAGGCCCGAUAUGUCAUCCUCAUCCUGGCCCCUCCUCGAACGAAAAGCACCAAGACGGCCAUUGAGCUCGGAAGAACAUUUGCCACGAUGUUCUCAGACAUUUCCUUCAGACAGAAGCUUCUGGAGGCCAAAACCCAGGAGGAUUUUAAACAGGAGCUGGUACAACAGCGACAGCAGCUCGCCGUUGUCACUGAGAAGGCGGUCGUGGAGGAAGUGGAGGACUCAGACCCACGUAGAGGGAAACCACUCAAGUUCAAAGAAUUCUUUAAGGUCGGGAAAGGUGUUUAUGACGACCUGCGUCGCCGACUCCCCCUCUACCCCUCAGACUUCACAGAUGGUAUGACUGGGAAGGACCGCUGUCUGCUGAAGUACACCACCACGGCUAUUUUCCUCUACAUUGCUAUUCUGCUGCCUGCUAUCGCCUUCGGUUCACUGAACGACGAAAGCACAAGAGGAGAGAUAGAUGUUCAGAAGACCAUUGUUGGUCAGAGCAUCGGAGGAGUGAUUUAUUCUUUGUUUGCUGGAUCACCACUCGUCAUUCCACUGACCACUGCGCCACUGGCCAUCUUCAUAAGUGUCAUCAGGGGAAUCUGCGACGACUACGAGCUGGACUUCGAUUCUUUCUACGCCUGCAUCGGUUUAUGGAACAGCCUGUUCCUCAUCCUCGGAGGCUUGUUCAAUGUCAGCCUGUUUAUGAAACUCUUCAAACGCUCAACAGAGGAAGUCAUUGCAUUGUUCAUCUCCAUAGCGUUUGUCGGGGAUGCGGUGAAAGGCACCGUCAAAAUUUUUCAACACUUCUACCAUGGGCCAACACUGGCAACCACAAACAGCACGUUGGUGCUUGAGCAGAUUAAAGAGAUCUUGGAGAAGACGAUGAACCAGACGGGAAACAUGCUCGAUCAUCAUAAUGAGACGGUGUCACUGAUGGGACACUCAGAGAUCUUCUUGCCCGAGUCUCUGGUGUUGACAACGAGAGAAAGGCCCAUCCUCUGUCUGCUGCUCAUGUUGGGGACUCUGUGGCUGGGUUACGCACUCUACCUCAUCAAGAAGAGCCCGUAUCUGAAUGACAGAAUCAGGGAGGUGGUGUCUGACUGCGCUCUGCCGAUCUCCGUGGUGAUAGUCUCCUUCAUUGGCUCCUACCUUUUCCUUGACAUACAGCUUCCUGUGUUCAGUGUCCACGAUGGCCCCAUCUUCAACUUCCCUCCAUUUAAUAAGCUGUCAGGAAUGAACACACUGAGCGCGGCCGGGCUGGGUUUCCUCCUCGCAUUGCUCAUCUUCAUCGACCAGAACAUCGUCAUCUCACUCACACAUGUACCAGAACACAAGUUGCUAAAAGGCACAGCGUUCCACUGGGACUUAAUGCUGACUGGCUUCAUCAACAUCCUCAUGUCCUGUCUGGGGUUGCCAUGGAUGCACGCUGCCUUCCCACAUUCCUCCCUGCACGCCCGUCAGCUGGCCAAAGUGGAACAGCACGUAGAGAACGGACACCUCUACACGACUAUUGUCAGUGUGAAGGAGACUCGUCUGACCUCUCUGGUAGCCAACAUCCUGAUCGGCCUGUCUGCCUUCAUGCUGCCCAUUCCUCUGCAGUGGAUCCCAAAGCCCGUCCUCUACGGCCUCUUCCUCUACAUCGCGGCCACUUCUCUUGAUGGGAACCAGAUGGUGGACCGCAUGGCCCUGCUGCUAAAGGAACAGACCUCCUACCCCCCCACUCACUACAUUCGCCGUGUGCCUCAGAGGAAGGUCCACUUCUUCACGGCGCUGCAGAUGAUCCAGCUGAUCAUCCUGUGUGCGUUCGGGAUGUAUCCUCUGCCUUACAUGAAGAUGGUCUUCCCCCUUCUGAUGAUCCUGCUGGUCCCUGUCAGGACCAGCCUGCUUCCCCGAGUCAUCGAUGCCAAGUACCUGGACAUCAUGGACGCCCAGCACAUGUAGAACGAGAGAGCACACCUAAUGAAAGGAUUCACUUUCUCCAGCUGGAGAGAGAAACAGACUCAGAACUAAACAAAAUGCAUUUGGACUUCAAGAUGUGGAUGCGAGUACUCUGCUGGUGACUGGACGACCAUUUACACCCCGAUAAGCUUUCUCAUUGUUCAUCACACAUUUACCAUCAACGUAGCUGAUUUACUUUAAAUAUGUACUAUUACUGCAUCUUUAUUUCACUUCACAAUAUAAUUCUGAAGGAGUUUCUUUUGAUGUGCUUUCACAAACGCAUCAUGUUUUGUAAUAGAGAGCUGCUUGUUCUGUGCCCUACUUGGGUUUAAAGUUUGAUGUGGAUGAGAGGAUUUCAGCGUUUUCUCACUGUAGAAUAUCCAUCACCAUUUAACGAAGUGAAGAAGAUUUUCUCAAAAGUUAAAACAUGCAAAGUGAAGUGUCACCUAAUGUUGCUAAAGCUUUAAUCAAAACCAAACACUGAAGUCGGAUAUCACAAGAUAUGUGUUACAGCUCUUUAAAUGUAAAAAAACGUCUGCUUUCAUUCUGAGGAGGCAUGUAAGGAGAUAAAGUAUGUUACUAUGAAGGUAAUUUGUUCUGUGCAUUGUAAUGUUUGGAUUAAAUAAAACCGUUGUUACACAAAUAAAU